AUGCAUCUGUUUGCUGGCGCCAAGAAUGGAAGCACGUACAUUGAUGAAAUCGGGGUGGUAACCAGCUCAGGCAUCCACAUCGUCGUUUCUGCACAGUCAGCAGCUGACGUGUCACCUGAGGGGGUGCAGGGUCAACUGGAGGUGAACAGUGCGUCUAUGCCAGAUGACAUCCUGACCAUCGAUCUGCUUCGGCAUACGGUCAGGAUCGAGCGGCGCAAGACAAGCGUGCGAGUGCGCGUGCGAGGGGUGGUGGAUCUGACGGUUGACAUUCUUCCAGACCUCUCACGCAAGUCCCAUCCCAACUAUGUAAGUCGUGCACUGAAAUGGUUGCCAUGA